AUGAGGAAGAAGCUAGAAAGAGUCCCUGAAUUAAUCCUCUGGACUGAGACAGACUCAGAGGAAACUGGACCAAGUCCAGAUGGGGAACUGGGCAGGAAGAAAGUGCAGAAGUCAAUCAGUCACGAGUUAGUAGAUUUCUUCGCGUUUAAUGUGGAGCUGGUGGGUGCUCUCUAUUUUGGUAAUACUAUGGGCCCGCAAAUGGAAGAUACUGACUACCUGGAGCCAGGGAAACAGUAUACUUACAAGUGGUUUGUAGAGGAAAAGCAGGGGCCUGGCCCCGAUGACAGUAACUGUGUGACAAGGAUUUACCACUCCCAUGUAGAUGCUGUAAAAGAUGUGAUUUCAGGACUUACUGGACCAAUUGUGACUUGUAAAAAAGGAACACUGAAUGAAGACACUGAAAAAAAUAUCGACAAGUUUUAUUUUCUGGUGUUUUUUAUAGUUGAUGAAAGCAAUAGCUGGUAUAUCGAUGAAAAUAUUCAUACAUUUACUGAAUCUGGCAAAGUUAAUACAAGUGAUCCUGGCUUCGAGGAGAGCAAUCGCAUUGAAUCCCAGCCAUAUUUUGAACAAAGCCCAACCAGAAUUGGAGGAACUUACAAAAAACUAGUUUACUGUGAAUAUAAAAAUGCUUCCUUCCAAAAACAGAAGUCAAGAGAAGAACACCUUGGAAUUCUUGGCCCUGUCAUUAAGGCAGAGGUGGGACAGAUCAUCAGGGUCACUUUCUAUAACAAUGCUUCCUUGCCACUCAGCAUGCAGCCUCGUGGACUGCGUUACAGCAAAAGCAAUGAGGGCUCAUUCUACAAAACACCUGGCGGAAGUACCCCUCCACCCUCCACACGUGUAAAUCCUGGCACAACAUUUGUCUAUACAUGGGAAGUUCCAAAAGAUGUAGGUCCUACCUCCAUGGAUCCCAGCUGCUUGACCUGGUUCUACUACUCUGCAGUAAAUGGGACGAAAGACACUAACGGUGGUCUUAUAGGGCCUCUCCUCGUGUGCAGAAGUGGAAGUCUUGGGGAGGAUGGCAAACAGAAAGGAGUAGACAAAGAGUUUUAUCUGCUUGCCACAAUAUUUGAUGAAAAUAAAAGUCUUCUCUUGGAUGAAAAUAUUAGAACAUUUAUUACACAGCCUGAAAAUGUGGAUAAAGAGGAUCCAGAUUUCCAAAAGUCUAACAAGAUGCACUCCAUAAAUGGAUACAUGUAUGGAAAUCUGCCCAGACUAGAAAUGUGCGUGGGAGACAAAGUUUCAUGGCAUGUUCUUAGUGUGGGAUCAGAGAAAGAUAUACAUGGGAUUUAUUUUUCAGGAAAUACCUUCACUUCCUUAGGAGCAAAGACGGACACUGUAACUGUGUUUCCCCAUACCUCUGAGACGCUUUUUAUGACAUCUGAUUCUAUAGGCCGUGUCUGGACCUAUUGUCCUCUGGCCCCAAGGAAAGCACAUCCAGUUUCGCUGACUCUGGGCUUAAGCCAAUUUUUGCCCAGGGACGGUCCCUACAGUCUUCAGCAACCUAAUGCACGCAAAACAAACAUAUAUGUAGAUAGAAAUGGAACACAUCUUGGGUCCAAAUACAAAAAAGUUGUAUACCGUCAAUAUGAUGAUAACACAUUCACAAAUAAAACAAAAAGAAAUGAAGACAAAAAACAUCUGGAUAUACUAGGUCCCUUAAUAUUUGUCAACCCUGGCCAAAAACUUCGAAUUAUCUUUAAAAAUAAAGCCCCAAGACUAUAUUCUAUUCAUGCUCAUGGAGUGAAAAUGAACAAUUCCACUGUUGUUCCCACUCAGCCAGGAGAGAUUCAAACAUAUAUCUGGGAGAUCCCUGAAAGAACUGGUCCUACCUCAAAAAACUUUGAGUGCAUACCUUGGUUUUAUUACUCAGCUGUGUCCUUGAUUAAGGAUCAGGGACUGUAUCGAUCUGAUGUUUAUGACCUUCUUCCUGGGGUCUAUCGAACUGUAAAAAUGUAUCCAAGAGAUGUUGGAACCUGGUUAUUUCAUUGCCAUGUUGGUGAGCACGUUGAUGAUGGAAUGGAAAGCACUUACACUGUACUUGAAAGAAAAAGUAAGUAA